AUGUGGCUGCAGAAUUUACUUUUCCUGGGCAUUGUGGUCUACAGCUUCUCAGCACCCACCCGCUCACCCAUCACUGUCACCCGGCCUUGGAAGCAUGUAAAUGCCAUCAAAGAAGCCCUGAGCGUCCUGAAUAACACGCCUGCCAUGGUGAGUGAAGAGGUAGAGAUCGUCUCUAAUGAGUUCUCCGACAAGGAGCUGACCUGUAUGCAGACCCGUCUGAAGAUGUACAAGCAGAGUCUACGGGGCAAUUUCACCAAACUCCAGGGCACCUUGACCAUGAUAGCCAGCUACUAUCAGACGUACUGCCCCCCAAUCGAGGAAAAUGACUGUGAAAUACAAGUCACCACCUUUAAGGAUUUCAUAGACAAUCUUAAAGACUUUCUGAUUGAUAUCCCUUUGGAAUGCUGAAAGCCUGUCCAAAAAUGAGGAGGUCCAGGCCGGCUCUGGAUCCAGCUUCUUGGACUGCUACUUUUGUGUCUGCAUAAUGAGCCAGGAACUCAGAAUUUCUGCCUUAAAGGGACCAAGGGAUGGAACCCAGCCACAGUGCGGGGCAGUAUAGCCCUCUGAAAAUGCUGACUCAGACCGGACAGCGGAAGACAAACAGGAGAUAUUUUCUACUG